ACCAUCGUUCCUCUCUCUCUUCCACCGCUCCAUCGUUCUUUCUAUCGAGGUUGUACGAUAACUAAAUACGAGAUGGUGCACAACAUGGCGAUGCAGGAGGAGGAGGAGGUGAAAACGUUGGUGUGGUGGAACAUUAACACCUGUCCGAUUCCUCCUGGUUAUGAUCCCCGUCAAGUCGGUCCGAGAAUAGUAUCCGCUUUGAAGAAUUCUAAAGUCUCUGGUCCUGUCACCAUAACCGCCAUCGGCAGACUAACGCACAACCCUAACGCCCCUGACGAUGAUGUCUUGCGAGACCUGUCUUCCUCUGGAGUUGUUCUUAUACAUGUGAAUGAAGUUCAAUCGGAUUUGUUUGACUGGAUGGAGAGGAAUCCACCUCCGGCUAAUAUAUUGCUCAUAUCUGGUCCUACGGAACUGGAAAGCCUAGCUCAUACUAUUUAUGGGCUAGAUAGUGAGGGAUACACAGUUUUUCUGGCAUAUUCUCAACGUCGCCCAGCAUCAGACUGGCUCUGGAAGAGCUUUUUUUCUGGGGUUUACAAAGAGUGGCUCUGGACAAGCUUACUAACAGCUGAUAUGGAUUCAGGGUCUGCGGUUUGUCAACAGUUGACAACCAGACUUGUCCUUCCCAGCAACAACUGCAGUGAAGCAGGUGAAUCUCCCUGGUUUUGCUCAUUUUGCUUUUUUGCUGCCCAAAGCUUUGAAGAUUUCACUACUCAUCUCAAGAGUGAAGAACAUAGAAAUAAUGAUCCGGACUUGCUGAAAAUGGUGGACUUGGUUGAAAUGGUGGAUGUGGUGAAGCUACCCAAUUAA